UCGUCUUAGAUUAGAAACUUCUCCAACAAAGCCCACUCUCUCUUUCUCUCUUGACACAGAAUAUAAUAAAAGAGAUAUCCAUCUCUCUUCUCUACUCUCUCUUCAGUUUCUCAUACUUUUUUCUUCUACUUCCAUUGAUGGAUUCAAUGUAUCGACCUCAGCGUCUCAACUCUGAAGAAGUGUGUAGCGUGAAGUGGGAUUUCAUCAAGAUGAGCGAACAAGAGGAAGACCUCAUCUUAAGAAUGUACAGACUCGUAGGCGAUAGGUGGGAGAUAAUAGCAGGAAGAGUACCGGGAAGAAAGGCUGUGGAGAUAGAGAGAUAUUGGAUCAUGAGAAACAGCACACACGUCUUACCUCCAUCUUCCAAAUCUUAACCUUCUUCGUGUGCCUCCCAUGUUUGUUUUAUUAAGUAUUUCAAUUUAGUUUCCUAAAAUCUAAAAAACUAGGUGAGAAAAUAAUGUGUGAGCCAAGUGCGAGCUUGCUGGUGGCUUUAGCCUUUACCUAAUCUCAUCAAACCGGAUUAAAUACCCGGAGUUUAAUAACAGAACAGUGCUAUAUGUCAGUGGAACUGUUUACUUAAGUUGUACCGACACAACUUUCUUUGAGCAUGGGCUAACACUAAGGCUAUCUUUAUCGGUGGGACUCGGGGAAGUCUCUAAAUUAAGGUACUUACUUGUUUUUUUUUCUUUUUUUUUGGUCGGGAUACAGUAAAAGACGUCGGAUUUUCCGUACGUUUCGUGAUUCCCGAAUCCCGCCAAUAAAGAUGCCUUAAUAUUCAA